AUGCUAAGCAAUCUUGGUUCACUUCAUCUCAAUGGAAAUAUGUUGAAGGGAAACUUGCCAUCAAGUCUUAAGAACUGCUCUAGUUUGCAAAUUUUAGACUUGGCUGAUAAUAUCUUUUUUGGAAACAUACCACUUUGGUUGGGCCAAUUCUCUGAGUUGAUGAUACUUGUUUUGAGGUCAAAUAAAUUUGAAGGACACAUUCCACAUCAAUUAAGCAAUCUGUCAAAUCUCCAUGUUUUAGACAUUUCUCGCAAUAGUUUGAUUGGUGGCAUACCACCACAAUUAGCAACAUUGAUAAGUAUGAGAAAUUCUACAUUGGGAAUCUCACAUGGCAAUGGUGGUAGCUCCUAUUAUUACAAAGAAGGGAUUCAAAUGUUCAACAAAGGAUUACAAAUGGAGUAUGUAAGUUUAGUGAUGUUAUUGAUAACUUGCAUUGAUCUAUCUGUAAAUAAUCUAUCAUGUAACAUUCCUCUAGCGAUUGGAAAUCUUAAAGGUCUUCACACAUUGAACUUGUCAGAUAAUAGCCUUACAGGAGAGAUUCCAAGCAGCUUUGGAAUGCUUACAGAGUUAGAGUCACUUGAUCUUUCAAACAAUAAAUUGCAUGGUAAGAUUCCAAAUGAAAUGCUACAAGUUUUCUCUCUAAGCCUUUUCAUUGUAUCUGGCAACAUGCUUUGUGGGAAAAUACCAGAAGGAAGUCAAUUUAAUACAUUUAAUUCUACUUAUUUUUUGGGCAAUUCCAAUCUUUGUGGAUUCCCAAUUAAUAACAAAUCAUGUAGAUGUGGAGAGAGAUCAAAUUCUAGCAUUUCAACCCCGCUUCCUGAAAAGGAAAAUGAUGAGGGAGGCGAACUUCCAUGGAAUUGGUAUGUAGAGUGGAUGACAAGUGUUGCUGUUGGAUUUUGGGGAGUAUUUGGAAUCUUGGCUAUGAAAAGGCAAUGGAGGAGAAGAUUCAUUGAAGUCUUAGAUGAAAUAGUGAUUAAUUUAUUGAAUUUCAAUUGGUAA